AUGGGGGCGGCUGCCAGCCGCGACACCGCAUGUCUCUCUGGCAUGAUGCGCAGCUCUCGCCCGCUGCCUUCCAGUGCCGAGCCCAUCACCGUCACGAUCUGCGGGGCCGCCGGGCAGAUUGGUUACUCGCUACUACCAAUGAUCGCCUCAGGUGGCAUGUUCGGACCUUCUCAGAGGGUGAACCUGCAAUGCGUGGACUUGAACUUGCCGGAGGUCAUGGACGGCAUGCACGGCAUGGAAAUGGAGCUUCAGGAUGGCAACUUCCCACUCUUGCACAAGUCCCUCUUCACAACGGAUGACGCUUUAGCUUUCAAAGGAGCCGACUACGCCAUCCUUCUGGGGGCUUUCCCUAGACAAGAUGGCCUAGAGAAGCGAGACAUCAUGGAGAAGAAUGUCAUGAUUUUCCGCACCAUGGGCCGAGCCCUUGAGAGACACGUGAAGUAUGACUGCAAGAUCUUGGUGGUGGGCAACCCUGCACACACAAAUGCAUGGAUUUGUGCUCACUAUGCACCAUCUUUACCCAAGCAGAAUUUCUUUGCCCUGACGCGCUUGGACCAGAACCGUGCAGCCGGGCAGAUUGCACAUCACUUCGGCAUAGCAGUGAAUGAAGUUAAGAAUGUUGUGGCUUGGGGCUCUCAUGCCAAGUUUCCGGACAUUGAGCAUGCCAUCAUCAAGGGGAGACCUGUGACGCAAGCGUUAGCAACAACAGAAGAGCGAAAGCACAUGAACGAUUUGUUCUACAAGGAGAUGCAGCAGCGUGGAGCCAGCAUUGUGAAGGCCCGGAAGGCAAGCAGUGCCAUGUCCACUGCUCGGGCCAUCGUCGAUCACAUUCAUGACUUGCACAGUGGGACACUGGCGGGUGAGUUCGUUUCCAUGGGGGUCUGGUCCGAUCACGGCGCUUAUUCGAUCGCAGACUCGCUCGUCUUCUCCGUGCCAGUCAUUUGCUAUGGGGGUGGUCGCUAUCGCGUGCACCCGGGGCUUGUGCUAAGCCCUGCUAGCCGCGAGAAGCUGAAGCAAGUCGAAGCUGAGAUCAUUGCAGAGCGUGACUUUGCAAAGCAAUUCAUCAAGACUGGCUCGGGGCCUGCCCCCUCCGCCCCCGCGCCCUCUGCUUCCUGA